GGUAUGGCGGCGGAGCAGGAGGCGGCGGGGAGGGAGCUGCUGGCGGCUGUGUUGCGGGACCUGGCUGCUCCGGAGGGACACCCGAGGCCACAGAACCGGAAGCUGAGCCGUGAGGAGGCGGAGGGCGAGCUGUGCGAGGCAGUGCUGCGGCUGGUGGGAGGAAGAGGUGGUCCCUCGUGGCUUAUUGCCAGCCUAACCAGGGCUGCUGUUGACCAGACGCUGCAGAAUGACCUGGCCUCAUUUGAAGAAAAGAAAGGGGAUGUGGUGGAGGGAUCACAAGGUGAUGGCGAAACUGAAAAAUUUUCUCAGCUCAGAUGCCUUAUUCCAGCGUUGCCUUACCUGUGUCAAAGAUAUCAGCAGUCAAUGGCAAAAGCAGCUGCCUUCUCCACCUACUUCUGAAUGUAUGUUACACGUGUCUGUCCAUGCAAUCCGGAAUACACGGAGGAAAAUGGAGGAUCGGCAUGUGAUGCUUUUGGAUUUUAAUCAGCUUUUUGGAAUUACGGAUGGUGUUGCACGAUCAUACUUUGCUGUUUUCGAUGGACAUGGUGGAAUAGAUGCUGCUAAUUAUGCUGCCACUCAUGUCCAUGUUUUCUCUGGCUCGUCAUGAAGCGUUGGUGUCUGACCCAGCCAAAGCCCUAAAAGAAGCAUUUCAGCGUACAGAUGCCAUGUUCCUCAGGAAAGCAAAGAGAGAGAGACUACGCAGUGGUACCACUGGUGUGUGCGCCCUGUUGGAAGGUGAGCGCCUGCAUGUGGCAUGGCUGGGAGAUUCCCAAGCACUCCUUGUACAGCAGGGAAGUCCAGUCAUUCUCAUGGAGCCCCACAAGCCAGAGCGAGAGGAUGAACGCGAAAGAAUAGAAGCUCUUGGUGGCUGUGUUACUUAUAUGGGGUGCUGGCGGGUCAAUGGUACCCUUGCUGUAUCCAGAGCUAUUGGUGAUAUUGACCAAAAGCCGUACGUUUCUGGAGAAGGCGAUGUUACCACUCACAUUUUCAGUGGCACUGAAGACUUUCUGGUUUUGGCGUGUGAUGGAUUUUACGAUGCUGUGACAUCUUCUGAGGUACCCAGCCUUGUUCUAGGCCACCUUCAGGAGAAUGAUGGAGAUGGACAACAUGUUGCUGAGAGGCUGGUGUCUGCAGCAAAAGAGGGUGGCUCUAGUGACAACAUCACAGUGAUGGUGGUCUUCUUGCAAGAUCCAGCUAAAGUCUUGGAAGAUUUUCUAGCCCAUGCAAGUGUGGAGGCAGAACCAUUGUUUGAUUUUGGAGGUGGUGGGGCAGAGGCUGGAUCAGACCAUGCAGGUUGA